AUGAUUAUGAGUGAAUAUUUACAAUCAUCUGCCACCAAUCAAGUAGGUGAAUUGCUUGUGGGAGGAGCAGGUGUCUUCGCUGGGUAUCUUGGACGCGAUGACUUAUCUGCAAAAGCCCUCAUUGCAAUAGACAGUGAACUAUUUUAUCGAACAAGUGAUCUUGUUACAAUGGAUAACAAUGGUCUUCUUCAUUAUCAAGGAAGAAAAGAUCAUCAGAUCAAACUUCAUGGGCAACGAAUUGAACUUGGUGAGAUUGAACGAUGUUUACUUAACACUACAUCAUCCAUCUCUGCUUGUGUUGUCAUUAAAUGGAAUGAUGAUCAUCUAGUUGCUUAUGUGCAAUCAUCUGAUAUCAAUGAAGAACAACUACGUCAACAUUGUCAAUCUCAUCUUCCACCACAUAUGAUACCAUCAAUAUUUAUUGUACUUAAUAAACUACCUCUGAAUCAAAAUGGAAAAAUAGAUCGAAAACUUCUU